AUGUGGUCUUGGUUCGGCGGGGCUGCCGCUCAGAAACGCAAGGAUGCGCCUAAGAACGCUAUCCUCCAGCUGCGCGAGCAGCUCGAAAGGUUGCAGAAGCGCGAAAGACAUGUCGAGACUCAAAUUGCGGAACAGGACGCUUUGGCGCGGAAGCAUAUCAACACCGAUAAGAAUGCUGCCAAAAACGCUCUCCGACGGAAAAAGGUCCACGAGAAGAAUCUCGAGCAGACCUCGGCACAGAUCAUGCAACUCGAGCAGCAGAUAUACUCCAUCGAAGCCGCGAAUAUCAACCACGAGACUUUGGCCGCGAUGAAGCAGGCCGGUGCCGCUAUGAAGCAGAUUCAUGGUGGAAUGAAGCUCGAGGAUGUGGACAAGACAAUGGAGGAGCUCCAAGACCAGCACGCGCUCAGCGCCGAGAUCGGAAGUGUCAUUACCAGCUUCCCUAUCGGCGAACAGCCGGACGAGGAAGACCUCGAGGCCGAACUCGAGAAUCUGGAGCAGGAGGCCAUGGACGCAAAGAUGCUCAACACAGGAGCCGUACCAGUGGGCACCCAACUGGACCGGUUACCUGCUGCGGGGAAUACAGAUCUCAAACACCCUACCAAGGCACAAGAGGAGGAGGACGAAGAAGCAGAGCUGGCCAAGUUGCGCGCGGAAAUGGCCAUGUGA